AUGGCUUCAUUGGCUCGUGUUGCUCGUGUGAAAAACGAGCUUUGUAGAAGACUACAAUGUCGCCAACUCUCUCAUCAUGUUUAUUGUCGAUCUUUGCUUUCUCUACAUGAUCAGUCUCCCAUUCAACCAAGCCCUGCCUUGCAAUGUCGAUGGUCUUCUUCCUCUGCUCCUUCUGGUAUUUUCUACAUGUCAUGUCACUAUUCAAUACAUUUUGAUUUAAUAAAUAGAGUUGAGAAUUCAAAUUUUAUUUAUUUAUUUUUGUGUUUGGCAGCUUAUUUGGUAGAGGCUUACCACCCAGUGAGAAAGAGUGAGCUGUUUUUUGUAAGGGGAGGAAGGAGAAGUACAGUGCGUGAGUACAGAACGGUUGCCGGAAGGCCAAAGGCUAAGGCUAAAACUAUUAUUCAGAGCGGGCAAAGAAUAAACGGGGUUGGUUACGAUGAUAUUGGUGGUGUCCGUGAACAGAUAGCACAGAUUCGGGAGUUGGUGGAGUUUCCAUUGAGGCAUCCACAGCUCUUUACAUCAAUUGGUGUGAAUCCGCCUAAAGGGAUUCUGUUAUACGGACCUCCGGGAUCCGGAAAGACUUUGAUAGCCAGAGCUAUUGCUAAUCAAACAACUGCUUUCUUCUUGUCCAUAAAUGGACCAGAGAUAGUGUCAAAUUUUUAUGGAGAGAGCGAAAGAAAACUCAGGAACAUAUUCGAGGAAGCAGAGAGGAAGGCUCCAUCCAUUCUCUUUAUUGAUGAGAUUGAUUCUGUAACUCCCAACCGAACGAAAACUUAUGGGGAAACUGAGAAGAGGCUUGUUUCUCAGUUCUUGACUCUUAUGGAUGGUCUCAAUUCCCUUGCUCGUGUUACUGUCAUCGGUGCUACGAAUCGUCCCAACACCAUUGACCCUGCCUUAAGAAGGUUUGGUAGAUUUGAUACGGAAAUAGAAAUUGGUGUUCCAGACACUAAUGGGCGUCUUGAGGUUCUUCAAAUCCUUGCCAAGAAAAUGAAGUUUGCUGAAGAUGUUGAUUUAGAAAGAAUUGCCAAAGACUCGCAUGGAUAUGUUGGUGCUGAUUUAGCAGGUCUGUGCCAUAAGGCUGCACUCCAAUGCAUAAGAGAGAAGAUGGACGUGAUUGACUUGGAAGACAAGGUCAUAGAUGCUAAGAUACUCAAAUCUAUGGCUGUUUCGAAUAAGCACUUCCAAACAGCUCUUGGAACAAGCAGACCAUCUGCUCUGCGUAACACUCUUGUUGAACUGCCCAAUUGCAGUUGGGAAGAUAUCGGAGGCCUUGAGAAUGUUAAGCGGGAGCUUCAAGAGACUGUUCAAUAUCCUGUGGAGCAUCCUGAGAAGUAUAAGAAGUUUGGCAUGUCACCCUCAACGGGAGUUCUUUUCUAUGGGCCACCAGGAUGUGGGAAAACUCUUAUGGCCAAGGCGAUUGCCGGUGAAUGUCAGGCAAACUUUAUCAGUGUCAAGGGUCCUGAACUGCUUAGUGUUUGGUUUGGGGAGAGUGAGGCCAACGUUCGAGAAAUAUUUGAGAAGGCACGGAGAUCUGCUCCUUGUGUCCUAUUCUUUGAUGAACUCGAUUCACUUGCUGUCCAGGUCUGA